UCAUGCGGCGGCUUUCAUUCUGCUUCCUUUUAGCAUUUAGCUUGUUGGGGUUAUCGUCUGUGCUCCCGUAGAGGAGUAACGGGUUUGAAUUCUGGGAUGGUUCGUUGAAUAAUUGUCUUUUGGUUGCAAACAUGGCGCUUUCGAUGGAAACACAGCUUCAGAGCAUCUUUGAAGAUGUUGUGAAAACUGAGAUAAUAGAAGAGGCCUUUGCUGGGAUGUUUAUGGACACUCCAGAGGAUGAGAGGACUAAGCUGAUCAGUUGUCUUGGAGCCUUCAGACAGUACUGGGGAACCCUGCCACAGGAGUCUCAUGAACAGUGUGUGCAAUGGAUUGUGCGCUUUAUACACAGUCAGCACAGCCCCAAGAGGAUCUCCUUCCUCUACGACUGUCUGGCAAUGGCUGUGGAGACCAGUCUUUUACCACCCAGGAUGGUGUGCGUGGCCUUAAUAAGCUCAGACAGUUUGGAGUGGGAGAGGACACAGUUAUGGGCAUUAACUUUCAAGCUGAUCCGCAAGAUUAUCGGGGGAGUGGACUACAAGGGUGUUCGGGACCUGUUGAAAGCUGUGCUGGAUAAAAUUCAAACUAUUCCUACCACUGUCAGCUCAGCUAUAGUCCAGCAGCUUUUGGCUGCCAGAGAGGUGGUAGAAUAUAUCCUGGACAGAAACGCCUGUCUCCUUCCAGCAUACUUUGCUAUCACAGAAAUUAGAAAACUGUAUCCAGAGGGGCAGCUCUCACACUGGCUUUUGGGCAGUUUGAUAUCAGACUUUGUGGACAGUUUUAGACCCACAGCCCGGAUCAACUCUAUCUGUGGACGAUGCAGUCUGUUGCCAGUGGUGAAUAACAGCGGUGCUAUCUGUAAUUCCUGGAAAUUAGACCCCAGCACUCUUCGCUUCCCUCUGAGAGGCAUGCUGCCAUUUGACAAGGACCUUUUUGAGCCACAGACAGGGUUGCUACGCUAUGUACUAGAACAGCCUUAUUCAAGAGAGAUGGUGUGCAACAUGUUGGGGCUCAACAAGCAGACUCUGAACAUUGCCCAGCAUAAGCAGCGUUGCCCAGUGCUGGAAGAGCAGCUGGUGGACCUGGUGGUGUACGCCAUGGAGCGCUCUGAGACUGAGGAACACUUUGACGCCGAUAUCGGAGGAACUAGUCAGCUGCUGUGGCAGCACCUCUCCUCCCAGCUCAUCUUCUUUGUGUUGUUUCAGUUUGCAAGUUUCCCUCACAUGGUGCUGUCGCUACACCAAAAGCUUGCAGGUAGAGGUCUCAUUAAAGGGAGAGAUCAUCUUAUGUGGGUCCUGCUUCAGUUCAUAUCAGGAAGCAUUCAGAAGAACGCCUUAGCUGACUUCCUGCCUGUCAUGAAGCUUUUUGACCUGCUUUACCCAGAAAAAGAGUGCAUUCCAGUUCCUGACAUUAACAAACCCCAGUCGACCCAUUCGUUCGCUAUGACCUGCAUCUGGAUCCAUUUGAACCGCAAAGCUCAGAACGACAACUCCAAACUGCAGAUACCCAUACCGCACUCUCUGAAGCUGCACCAUGAAUUUCUUCAGCAGUCGCUGCGUAACAAGACCCUGGGCAUGUCCGACUAUAAGAUCGCCCUGCUGUGUAACGCCUACAGCACCAACUCGGAGUGCUUCACUCUGCCAAUGGGCGUCCUGGUUGAGACCAUCUAUGGAAAUGGAUCCAUGAGGAUCAACCUUCCCGGCACCAACUGUAUGGCUUCGGGAUCGGUCACUCCGCUGCCCAUGAAUCUGCUGGAUUCGCUCACUGUGCAUGCAAAGAUGAGUCUGAUCCACAGUAUUGCCACGCGUGUCAUCAAAUUGGCCCAUGCCAAGUCCAGCAUUGCUCUUGCCCCUGCAUUGGUAGAGACGUACAGCAGAUUGUUGGUCUACAUGGAAAUUGAGUCCCUGGGCAUCAAAGGAUUCAUCAGUCAGUUGUUGCCCAACGUGUUCAAGUCUCACGCGUGGGGAAUCCUUCACACAUUACUGGAGAUGUUCAGUUACAGGAUGCAUCACAUCCAGCCACACUACAGAGUCCAGCUGCUGAGUCACCUGCACAGCUUGGCUGCUGUGCCACAGACCAACCAGAACCAGCUACAUCUGUGUGUUGAGAGCACAGCUCUGCGCCUGAUCACAGCUUUGGGGAGCUCGGAGGUGCAGCCGCAGUUCACCCGCUUCCUCAAUGACCCAAAGACAGUUCUGUCAGCCGAAUCCGAGGAGCUGAAUCGCGCCCUGAUCCUCACUCUGGCCAGAGCCACACAUGUCACCGAUUUCUUCACAGGGUCUGACUCCAUCCAGGGCACUUGGUGUAAGGACAUCCUGCAGACAAUCAUGAGUUUUACGCCUCAUAACUGGGCCUCACACACGCUAUCCUGCUUCCCUGCACCACUACAGGCGUUUUUCAAGCAGAACAACGUUCCUCAGGAGUCGCGCUUCAAUCUGAAGAAGAACGUCGAGGAGGAGUACAGGAAGUGGAAGUCGAUGGCCAAUGAGAAUGACAUCAUCACCCACUUCUCCAUGCAGGGCUCACCUCCACUGUUCCUCUGUCUGCUGUGGAAGAUGCUGCUGGAGAUGGACCAUAUAAACCAAAUAGGCUUUAGGGUCUUGGAACGUAUUGGAGCUCGUGCACUGGUGGCUCACGUGCGCACAUUUGCCGACUUCCUCGUCUAUGAGUUCUCAACGUCAGCUGGCGGGCAGCAGCUUAACAAGUGCAUUGAAAUACUCAAUGACAUGGUCUGGAAAUACAACAUAGUCACGCUGGAUAGACUUAUUCUGUGCCUGGCGAUGCGUAGCCACGAGGGAAACGAGGCUCAGGUUUGCUACUUCAUAAUCCAGCUGCUGCUGCUGAAGCCCAAUGACUUCAGAAAUCGAGUCAACGAUUUUGUCAAGGAGAAUGCUCCCGAGCACUGGCUGCAGAACGACUGGCACAGCAAACACAUGAACUACCACAAGAAAUACCCAGAGAAGUUGUACUUUGAGGGUCUCGCAGACCAAGUCAACCCUCCCAUGCAGCUCCAGCCUCAGUACCUGCCAAUCUACUUUGGGAAUGUGUGUCUGCGCUUCCUGCCUGUUUUUGACAUUGUCAUCCACCGCUUCCUGGAGCUCCUUCCUGUCUCCAAGUCUCUGGAGACGCUGCUGGAUCAUCUGGGAGGGCUGUACAAGUUCCACGAUCGCCCUGUGACCUACCUGUACAACACCCUUCACUACUAUGAGAGACACCUGAGAGACAGAACCAACCUCAAGAGAAAACUAGUUCAUGCCAUCAUGUCUUCACUGAAGGACAACCGUACUCCAGGCUGGUGUCUUAGCGAAACCUAUCUGAGGUUUGGCAUGAACGCCCGUGAAGAAAACGUGUGGAUCCCUGAUGACACCUACUACUGCAAGCUGAUUGGACGCCUGGUCGACACCAUGGCGGGAAAGUCACCGGGUCCUUUUCCCAACUGUGACUGGAGGUUCAACGAGUUCCCCAACCCUGCGGCCCACGCCCUGCACGUCACCUGUGUGGAGCUGAUGGCUUUGGCCGUGCCAGGAAAAGAUGUGGGAAACGCUUUGCUUAAUGUUGUGUUGAAAAGUCAGCCUCUGGUCCCCAGAGAGAACAUCACUGCCUGGAUGAAUGCCAUUGGACUUGUGAUCACUGCACUUCCAGAACCAUACUGGAUCGUUCUCCACGACCGCAUCGUUUCUGUGAUCAGCUCUCCGGCACUGACAUCGGAGACAGAGUGGACAGGCUAUCCCUUUGCCUUGCUUGACUUCACCGCCUGCCACCAGAGCUACAGUGAAAUGAACUGCAGCUACGUGCUAGCAUUAGCACACGCCGUGUGGCAUCACUCAUCCAUCGGACAGCUGUCUCUGAUCCCCAAAUUCCUGUCAGAGACUCUGAAGCCAAUCGUCAAGACAGAGUUCCAGCUGCUGUACGUGUAUCACCUGGUGGGGCCGUUCCUUCAGCGCUUCCAGCAAGAGAGGACGCGUUGCAUGUUGGAGAUUGGUGUUGCCUUCUAUGAGAUGCUGCAGGCAGUUGACAAACACUGUCACCAUCUCAGCUACAUGGACCCGAUCUGCGAUUUCCUGUAUCACAUUAAAUACAUGUACACUGGAGACAGUGUGAAGGAGCAGGUGGAGAAAAUCAUCAUGACUCUGCGUCCCGCCAUGAAGCUGCGUCUGCGCUUCAUCACGCACAGCAGCAAGAUAGAGACUUCAUCCUCAGCUGCCAGCGCUGCCUCCGCUUCCUCCACCUCUUCCUCCUCCGCCACUCCUCAGCCCCCUCCGUCCACACUCUCAUCCUCCACCGCUGCCGCCUCCCCCUCCCCCUCCUCCUCACAGCACACACACACACCUAUGUAGGUGGCCUUGCCAAACACAAAUGCACAGUAGCGAUCAUAACUAUGAACUUACAUUUUGUUCAUUUUCUUCUAACUUGGAUGUUUUGUAUCUCGUGUCUUUAUAAAGAAGGCCUCCUGCAAGAAUUUUGUGCAAAUUAUUUUCAAAAUCUCAACUUAUGACAAAGUUAAAACAAAGAAAUUUUUUUCUUCUUAUGUUUUUCUGUCCAGGAAACUCCAUAGACUGAGUUUGACAAAAUAUUUAAGCCUUAACAUAACAGACAAAAUGGGUCACAGGAAAACAGAAGAUUUUUUGUGGCGUAAUUUUAUCGUAUUUUUUUGUAAACAUUUUUUAUGUUGUACAUUAUUACUUCAUUAAAAACGGAGGCAAGUUUUUUUUAAGUAAUGGAUCUUUGUAACAAAACUGUGUAUUUCUUUAUUUAGACUGUAUCCUCAUGGUCUCAAACCAGUGAGCUUUCAUGUGUUCAUGUGUCAACCACUUCACCUACACAUGGAUCCACUAUGUUACUGGUGGGACAACCCAAAGCACUCAAUACAGGUUCUGUCUGAUGCAAUAUAGUAACAACCAGCAGGGGGAGCCCAGUAUUUACAGCUGACAUCAGUCACUUUCCUCACAGAUGGAAUUAAUGAAGGAUGGAGGGAGUCAUACAUUAGGAACCUUACCUUACCUUGCCCCUUUUGAUUGGUUCCCUUUCUCUAUGCCAGAGGAUAUGAAAAAAGCACAUAAACAGGUAUCCAUUAAGUUUGGUAGAAAGUCGCACACUGAGCCAGUAACACUUAGUAUUCUGGCAGAGAGCUGGAUCUGGGAAUUUUGCCAUUUGACAGUUGGCAGUAAAGCUAAUGGUUAGACAUAGACUUCAUUCCAAAUCCUUGGGGUAUAUUGUUGGGUCAGUAAAUCAAAUUAUAAUUAAAUUGGUGCCUUUGGAUGUUGGGCAGUGGCGAGGGUAACUACAUAGUUUUACCAACUAUUUUUACUUCCCACUGGAGAAGCUGAACUACAGCGAAGCUGAUCAAUGGAAACAUGUAGUUUAGGUUCCUAAAGCUGCUUAGAGGAAGUAGUUAAACAUUAGUUUACAUUAUUUAUUCAAAAUAUCACAGAAAACUACCAACAAAUGAUAUUUCCUUUUAUGUCACAUUGUAGUUUUAGUAUUUGUUUAUGUAAAUCAUCAUGGAAAUGUAUCCCACUGCAAAAUGGAGUCUCUAAUGUCAGUGUUCAUCCCUGAUUAUUAUCCCAAAUUUCAUGUUAAAUGGCAUGUGGACAAACUGUAAACAUCUUUCCACUCAAGAACAAAUGUAAUAUACUAAAAUAAAAAAGUCACACUGGUGCUUUAAAGUGUAACAUAUUACAAAAGCACCUUAAAGGAGUGUUUUACUGCACUUGUGUGUUGAAAGUCAUAAUGCUUUUUGACCCACAAUCUGGAAGGAUGUCAAUCGUGGUCAUCAGCAGCAAAAAAAGCACACUUGGACCAAAUGCAGUUCCUCAAAUGGCCACUUGAGGUUGGCUUCAAAACAACCCAACAAAUGACUUUUAUAGGCUGUCUGCAAGGCUUCACGUUAGUUAUGUGUCGUUUGCGAACAAGCCGACUCUAAAAGCGGAUUCUUUGUAGCGAACAAGAAGAGCUGAAUCUUCAGACGGUCCUGCUCAGCUAGCAGAGGCCGGACUUUAUUUUGAUGGUCGCCCCAUACAGCCAAUCAUAUGCAAAGACAGACAAGGAUCAUACAAUUGUAUGAAAGAAGGAAGGGGAGAGACACUCUGAAAACAGCGAGUAUAGUGCACAGGCAAAGGUACACAACAACAUUGUGAGCCUACAAAGAUGUCUAAGAACCGCUCACCCGUCCGUGCAGCUGGAGGAAAGCUGACCCUCUCUCCUCCAGCUGCCACCCACUAACCCUGGAAAAGUGUCUUGUUUUGAGUACUUCUGCUGUAGCAUCCACUGUCUUGCCAAAAACUGCAGGUAUACCACCUCAAACUAUAAUGACCUCACUUAUCAACAGAUAAGUGUCGAUGACGAGCUGGGUAGAAUGGUAGCCAGUGCCAUUUUCCAUUGUAGAGGACAAAAGGUUUCAAACUAUCAUCCAGGCUUUAAACUCCAUGUAAGUUCUCCACAGUGGUGGUAAAUGUUUAUGAAAACACUGAUUUAAAAGUUGCUUAUCAACAUACAAACCAUUAGGCUACAGUAGAAGGCCUAGAACUGAAGAGCCAUUUGGGCUGGCUCUUUGAAAAGAACCAGACCUCUCAUCACUACAUCCACUAAAUCAAGUCACUGAACUGGAUUUCUCGACUGUGUUUAUGCCGUUGGUGCCUUUUGGAGCAUUUUAAUGCAGCUCUUUAAUAAUCACUAUGGCAGUA